GGGUCGCCAUCGUACAUAUCUGUGUGGGAAUAUGAUUUGAUGCUGUGUCCGUCCAAAUGGAUGGUGUAUCCUCAACGGCGAGCGUCAUCGCCGUUAUUCAACUGACGGGAAGCCUCGUAAAGCUUUGCGGGGGCUACAUUCAGGAGGUGAACAAUGCGCGAAACGAUAUUCUAACCAUGCAAAAGGCGAUUGUAAGUCUCGAAGGGACACUGCAAGACCUGAAGAGCUUCCUUCAAAGUGAUAGCGGAAGGGCGCUGCCCACAUCCUCGCGACUAGUUAGCGAUAUUGCGCAUUGCCUCUCCGACCUCCAAGCCUUGGAAGUAAGACUUGAUCCAGGAAGGGGGAAACGUCUGAUGAGGAAAGUGGGAUUGCGAGCCUUAAAGUGGCCCCUGAAACGCACAGAGACUAAGGGCAUUGUGAAGAACAUGGAGAGAUAUAAAUCUUCAUUCCUCUUAUCGUUACAGGUGGAUCAGACUUCUAUGAUGGCUGGUGUCUCCCGGAAUACAGAUCGUAUCAAUCAACAUAUUGAUCUUGUGAAGUUGGAAGGGUCAGUAGAGGCAGGGUUUGAGUCAUUCUCCGAUCGAGACGAAGUCCAAUGUCUCCAAGGCACUAGGACGGAGCUCCUCCAGAAGAUAAUGAAAUGGUCUAUUUCACCAUCCCCAAAGAGCAUUUUCUGGUUAAAGGGAAUGGCUGGGACGGGAAAAUCCACAAUAUCUCGGACUGUGGCAAGGUCGCUCAGGGACACAAACAAUCUAGGUGCCAGCUUCUUCUUUAAGAGGGGUGACGGGGACCGAGGAAACGCAAAGAAGUUUUUCCCGACGUUAACAAGGCAAUUGAUGCUCUGGAACUCUGAGCUGAGGUUUGGUGUACAAAAGACACUCAAUCAUGACCCUGACAUUACAUCAAAAUCACUCAGGGAGCAGUUUGAGAAACUGCUCCUUCAACCGCUGCUCAGACUUGACUAACUCGGCCGACAACCUCAAAUCGCUGUGCUGGUGGUUGACGCUUUGGAUGAAUGUGAAAAUGAUCAAGAUGUCCGAAACAUUAUUCGAUUGCUACCUCUUCUGCGGAAGGCAAAAUCAGUUCGCCUUCGGAUCUUCUUGACCACCAGGCCUGAACUCCUAAUCAGCCUUGGAUUUUCAGAGAUUGGGAACCAUGAAUAUCAGGACCUAGCUCUUCAUGAGAUACCUGAAGAAGU